AUGUUUGCCGAUCAUGAAUGGAUUGCUUUGGCAACCUGUGGCUUGCGUGAUGGUGGGAGGACGUAUAUGCGGGCACAGAAUUGGAAGUCUGAGGGCACGGUGACCAGAUCCUCUUCACGCCCACUGAUGACACGUCAGGAGCCUCGAGAAAUGGCACCCCACCCAUCUAAGAAAUGGGAGAAGAAUUCCCCUCUCAUGCAUCUGGAUGGCAGUCUCAAGGUCAGAAGGUUGAAGGUCCAAGGGGAGCAUGCUGGAAAGAUGGGGGCUGGGAAUUUGCAAUGUGUUCCGCACGCAAAUUUGUUUGUGCAUUGCGUAAUUUUCCAUUCAACUGGGUGUUCCUGGAAAAUUCAUCACACUAUUCUCAAAGGAACUAACAACUUAGUUUCUUGGCACUACUUCGGCACAGGUUCCGUUAACAACCGGGUCUUGGUUAUUUUUCUGCCUAUGUUGCUAGCGGUUGCCACUGUGACAGACCUCUCCCCUAUGCCUUCUUUAUGCCCAUCGGUUGCUGUCCUUCAGUCAUACCUUCCCUUGGUCAAUGUUAUGGUUGUUGUCGUCAAUCUUAUCGUGGAUGUCAUCCUCAUCUCUCGCAUGUUGCCUUUCAUUUUUCAGGCUUUCGGAUGGUUUGAUGUGAAUUCGAUAUUUUACAAUCCGGAAAAUGACGCUGCACAUUAUCGCUCUCGUCGCGUGCAAUCCAAACAUCAGUUGUCUCGUUGCCCACAUACCCCGAACAUUUCUACGUCCACGUCUCAUCUCUUUCCGACAUAUUCCAUGUCCCUGUGCCUUCCUCUCAUCCAAAAUCAGUUUUUCGCUUUCCGGGGAAAGCUAUGUGGCAGUGGGACAGCCAGCCCUCACGGUGCCGACUCAACUUUCUGCAUUCCGGAACACUAUCUCGUUGCUGUGAAUCUUUCCAAGCCAAUCAUUCUUUGGCAAUGUGGACCUGAUUUUUUGUAUUCCGGAAAACAUCAUUUCAUUCUCUUCAAGCAUCGACACUCAUCCUCAUCACUCUACGCAUCAUCCAGGUCCAUCCUCGAUUGUCCUGAUGCCAUAUAUUGCGUUCCGCAAAACACCCUUUCGUUGCGACGCCAGGUGCUAUCGCAUAUGCCAGAUUUUAUGGCUCAUACCUUCAUGUCAUAUUGCAUGAACAUCACCAUCCUCAAUUGUCCCGACACCAUAUAUCGUGUUCCGCAAAACGCCCUCUCGUCGCGACGUCAGUUCAUGCUCAGCACAAACCUGCUCUUCGCAUAA